AUGGGAGAAGUGAUCCGCGUUUCUGGCAGAGCACCGGAUGUCGGGGAGUUCCUGAAGGAGGCGAUGCUGUCCCAGAGAUUCGCCGACGUUGCUCUCUGCUGUCCUGGCGGCCAGAAAUUCUUGGCGCAUCGUUUGGUCCUAUCAGCCGCUAGUCCUUACUUGCAGGAAGUGUUGCUGGCGCAUAGCAAAACCUCUGGACAUUGCGAGCCAAUCACGGUGAUCCUCGCGGAGGUGGAGGCACCGGAACUCGCAGCGAUCCUUGGUUUCGUGUACACGGGUACCGCAACGGUGCCCCGUCCGCGUCUGAACGCGUUUCUGCGCGCUGCGGAGGCCCUGCACAUCAGGCUGCCGCCAGUCCCGGUCGUGAUGACCUGCGCGCAGCCGCACUGCAACCACGAGGACAUCAAAGACGUGAAGAUCAACCCAAAGUAUUUGCGGUGCGAGCAGUAUCCGUGCUGCGACGGUUGGUACCGGCCAACCGGGCCCGAUCAAGACGAUGGAGGUCCAGCGAGCAAGGAGGAACCCCCCUAUCCGGCGAUCGAGUCCUUGGUAGCCGCGAGAGAAAUCGGACCGCUUCCUGAAUCGAUGAACUUUGCCGGGCCGAGAUACGGCCCGGGCAGAUAUUGCUCUACAACCUGGCCCGUUCCCGCUUUCGUAAAUGCCAGCCAGGAAAAGAUCGUCCGAGGCGCAGAUCGGACGUCGGAUAACGAAAGGACGAAUCAGACGGACGUGAGGAGGUAUCGUCCUGCCUCGAUGGCGCCCAGAAUCGAUAGGAUUACCGAGCCGAGCGACAGCAACGCGGAACGUUCGCCGGUCAAGGCCCAGCAGGAAUUCUGUUUCACGAGGUGUCCUUACAAAGUCCACGGGGACCUGGACCCUCUCGAGCUCAGGAUCAGAAACGAUGAAACCUGCACGGGGAUCAACGCCGACGACGAGACCGUCCAGGAGGACAGAGGACAUCGGUUCACUGUGAUCCGUUCGGGGAUUGGCUCCUGUCAGAGCGGCGGUACGGCAUCCCUGGAAUCGUCGGGUCGCACGAGGUCGUUGGAUAAAUCAGAUUACGGCGAGGAUUUAACUUGCGGGGAAAGUUGCUACGGUUGGAAAACGCCGAAGAGGCACGUGGCCAAUCGCGUGAUAGCCUCGCCGUGGAGACAAACCGUCAGGCCUUAUCACUUGCCCAAGCUGCAGCCGAUCGUCCUUCAGCCCCACGCGGAUCACGUCGAGAUCGGGGAGAGCCAGCGUCCACCGGAAGCAGCAGCACGGCCUGUCGCGACCUCCGGCAGCCCUGAUCGGCAACCCUCCAAAAAUACCGUGUCCAUCGAUCAUUAUUACGGUUUCCAAGUUCCUAUUAGUAACAAUGGUCCCAGGUUGCUGGACCCUGGUGUCGUUCCAGAUACGCGACACCAAGAGUUCUACUCGUCGCAGAUGAUCCCUUUCAUCGCCACGACCGCGCAGACCACCGUCCCGACGAUCAACAACGACGUCGGAAGCAACGAGACGCUUUUGCAACCGCAGAACAACGCUGUGUCUACCACGACCAGGUCCCUGUUGACCAACGAUAACGAAAACGUUAAUAGACAGGCUGGUUACUUCGGGCAAGUUGUUCCCCAUCCGCCCCAGAAGCCGGAAAUCUCUCAUCCUGUGAGCAGACUGUGCGACACGAUCGAACCCGACGUUAAAAACGAUUGUUUCGCGAGUCUGGGCACCGAGAGGCCUGAAACAGAGCAGCGAAACGAAGAGAAGCUCGCGGAAAGGCUCGUUGUAAAUAGCGACAACAAUAACAACGAUUCCAUUGUCGGGAAUGAUGUUCUUCGGCGUGGGAGGCCGGCCGGAGGGGAGGAGAAUCAUAGGUGCGACCAGUGCGGGAAGAUUUUCGUCACCAGGGCGUCCCUCAAGGUACACGUACGGACCCAUUCGGGGGAGAAGCCGUUUCGGUGCGCCGAUUGUGGCAAACAGUUCUCGCAAUUGCGUAAUUACAAGUACCAUCGGAGCGUCCACGAGGGCACCAGAGAGUUCGCGGCCACCUGCCCGGAAUGUGGCAAGUACUUCAACGAUCGUGGCUAUCUGAGCUCUCACAUGAAGAUCCACCGCAACCGGAAGGAGUACGGUUGCCAGGAAUGCGGAAAAAGCUUCAACCAGCGGGUCGCGUACAACAUGCACGUCAGAAUACACACGGGCGUGAAGCCUCAUCAAUGCGAACAAUGCGGGAAGGCAUUUUCGAGGAAAAUGUUGCUCAAGCAGCAUUUGAGGACCCACUCGGGCGAACGACCCUACCAGUGUCAGGUUUGUCAGAAGGCUUUCGCCGAUAGGUCCAACAUGACGCUGCAUACCAGACUUCACUCCGGAUUGAAACCGUACCAAUGCACGCUCUGCUCGAAAGCUUUCACCAAGAAACAUCACCUGAAGACGCAUCUGAAUUAUCACACCGGCACCAAGCCUUACUCCUGUCCAAACUGCGGACUAAGAUUCUCGCAGAGCAGUAACAUGAGGACACACUUUAAGAAGUGCACCGUCAACAAUCCCGUCGAGGCGAAGAACACGCAGACCGAUGCCGUCGCCGUCGCCGUCGCCGUCGCCGCCGCCGCCGCCGCCGCCGCUGUUGUUGGAACAGAGUCGUCCAGAGUUGUUCAGACGAGAAUGAUCUCGAGGACGCCCACGGACGCCCUCACGCCACCGAAUUCGGAUCAGGAAUUGAGCAUCCUGACGCCCAUUUCGAAAACCAACGAUGGAACUUGCACCUAGUGCGACGAGCAUCCUUCAAGUACGUACUCUUCAGAUUAUGCUAGACCGUAGAUUACGUGUAAAAUACUCUGUACCGUAAGAAUCUUUGUUUGUUGUUAAAUUUGUCCAACGACUGGAUGGCACGAGUUUCACAAACUCGCGGACGUCUAACGUUAGGUUCUAGCGAUUAAUGCGCGGAAAUGGUUGAUACAACUUCUG